UUUACCCGUUCUCUACGAUGUCGUGGCGGAGUCACAUAACAUCGGCUGCCAAGAACUUCCAACUUGGCUAUAAUAUUCAGAAACCUUAUCCAUGGAGGGGUACAACACCAUUCGCGUGUAUCUUUUUUGUAGGAUUGACAAUACUGCUGGUCUUCAUCAACAUUCCUUUAUCGGCAUACGACGUUGUCCAGGAAUUUACAUACACUCCAAACGAUACUUCCCCAUCACUUCCCUUCAACAGCGUCGUUCCUGCAUCCCUUAGACACACAGCCGGGGAUUUUACACCACAGACAUUCAAAGUCGGCGAUACUAUUCAAAGCAAUCUCUCUGCCUUUAACUAUGUGAUUACGGAGGCGUUUAAGGAUAGCGCCUCAUACGAUCCUGUUGGCUCGUUCCCUUAUUAUAAUAAUCCCUUAUCAUCGUGUGAUGUUUCAAAUAUUUCGUUGUCGUUACGAAAGGAGGAGCGGGCCUCGUUGUCUGCAGUUAUCUCUUGUUGGUUACCUGUGUACUACAGGAUGACUCUAAGUCUAAAUCACGCAUCGAUGCAAGAUCGUACAUUCCAGUUUCUGAGUGCCAUGCUCGACCUAGAUGCUUUGCUCACAGAUGCGGAAUACGGGUGGGAUUCAGAAAAGACCUACUAGCAAUCAGACUGUCACCGGCAUCGACAUUUCAGUAUUUCCCUGUUGCGUUUGCGGUGGCGAGGGUUGGUACGGAGAACCAAACGUUGAAACACAAUCACAAGUGCCGAUGAUGUUUGACCACCCUUUUUGUGACGGCGAUGUGGCAAAGUUCAAGGCAGACUGGGCAGCCGUGUACUAUGGACAAGGCGCUUUUUUGGGUUAGACACCGCAUCGGGGUGGGUACCAAGAACUGACAUAGAAAUCUUUGUAGAUUUUAUAGAUGGUGAAGGGCCGUCCAGCCCGGGCGCUAAUAUCCUA